GAAGCGGCUUUUCUUAUCACGUGACUAAAUGGGCUUUGGCUUGCCCGGUUCAUAUCCUUUUCAUGAGCACCAUACAGCCAGAAAUUCUUCUUCCAUAAUGGCAUCUGAUUCGGAUUAUACAAGAAGCAUGCAAAAAGUUGAUGUUCGUUAUGGGUAUCUUAUGAUUUUCUCCACCAUAAUUGUAUUUCAUUCGUUGAACAACUUAGUUGCAAGAUAUGUCGGAACUCCUAAAAGUGUCAGAAACGAUCCGUGGCGGUGGAGGAAUUUGUUUAUAUCAUGGAUUCAUGGAAUGAUAUGUGGUUUAUGGAAUAUAUCAUGUUUCCUUUUGUAUCCUGAAAUCUUUGAAGACCUUAUUGAGCACAUCAACUAUUUUACAUACAUGAUGGUAGCAUUCUCAACAGGGUAUUUUCUAUAUGACUCCAUUGACAUGUACCUAAACAACAGACUAAAAAGCAACUGGGAAGUAACUCUGCAUCACAUAGCAGUGACUUCAAUGUUUUGGUCCAAUGUUCACACAGGGUUAUGUAUUGGAUAUAACUGUGUGGCCUUGAUGGCAGAAAUAAACAGUUUCUUCCUUCACUCCAGAAAACUGCUCCAGAUGUACGAGAUAGGCUUUAACCACUGGUUUUACAAACUUGUCACUUACUUGAACUUAUUCAGCUUUGUAAGCUGUCGUGGAUUCUCAAUUUGUAGAAUUUUCUAUGGAAUGUAUGUUGAGCCCAGUAGAGUUCCAGUUGUGUUUUACGUUUGUCUUUCAAUGUCCAUGGUUGUCAUGUCUGUUAUAAAUGUGAUUCUUUUUUGGAGAUUGUUUAAAAGUGAUAUUUUAAAACCCCAGAAACAACAACCCAAGUUAAAUGGCAAUCACAAUAGUUUUUACAGGAAAGAUGAGUGACUUGUGUGAAUUUGCUUUAUAGUUUAUUGUUUGAUUUUUGAAAAGUAUCAAUUUUAUGUAAACAUGUAAUGUUGUUUGAUACUUCAUGCUUACUAUAUAUAUAUAUUCACUGAUAAUGCUUUGCGAACACGGGAUAACAAUUGUCCUCUCUGUAUAAAAACUCAACUACAAAACAAAGGAUUUGUUUAUAAAUUUAACAUAGAUACAUUGUUUUCUUGACAGUCUAAGUAAUACAUGUACUUAUAUUGACUCAUUUCAUGUUAAGCCAAUGUGGGAGUAAGGUUCUCUCUAUAUUUUUACAAUAAUGUUUUUUUCAAGGUCUGAAUCAUAUUUGUUGAAUUUCUUUUAUUUUUUUAUAUCAAAAUGGAUGAUAGCUGUCUAUGAUAUGACUUGAUAUCGUUUGUUGUAAAUUGAAUUGUUUCUGUUCUAAAUUCUUUCUUUUUGUUUACAAAGGAAGAUAAACAUACUGUAGUCAUCCUAUCUGUUAAGAAAGUCAAUUUUUAAAUGCCUUUAUUUCCUCAAAUUGAUAUUAAGUUUUCUUUGUGAUGACUUUAACUACUCCAAAACAAUUUUUUGAGAAUUUGAGAGAUUAAAAAAUGAAAUUCUCUGAUCUGUUAGACCAACUGCAUUUUUACUCUGUCAAAUUCUUUGGAAAGACCCUCCUUCUUUUCAUCCUGGUAUUUUGAUCAUAAUACACGUUGUUUCCAUUUUACAUGAUAUAUAAUGAUCUGUUUGUUUGUCUUAUUAGACUACUGGAUAAAGGAUCUGUAGAAAUUGUGAUUUGUUAAACUUGGUGCCAUUUCUUGACACAGGAUGAAUUUGAUUUUUUUUUAAUCAUGUAAAUACAAAUAAUUUUUGUAAAAAGUCAUACAUAUCCCUCUGAGUUGUCAAUGUGAGAAAUUAGUUAUUCAAUAAAAAUCUUUUUUAACCAUAUUCUCAUUCCUGCAUUUACCAGUGCUGUUUAAAGUAUACUCAACAAGGCACUGAAUUUAAUGUAUGAAAUAACAGAUUGCUUAAUUUUUGUUGUUGACAUUUUUAAAAUCAUGGGAUACACAUUUCAAGCAUUUUUUGUAUAUAUACAUCAAAAGAUUAUUAUCAAGAGUCUCAGAAGCUUAUUUAUUAAGUAUCCUCCAGAGUCUCAGCUCUCUACAUAUACAAUCUAUUGUUUUUACACUCUAUAUCUGGUAUAUUCACAUUAGUGUUCAUGUGUAUGGUUGGAAAAUGUUGUAAAUGUAUGGAGGAACAAUGUUUUUGCUGUUUUUAAACAUGUUAGUGUGUUUCAUGGUACCAACAAUUAGAUCUGUUAUAUCAUCCCUAUUGUUUCUUGAAUUUUCAUACUUUUGAAGUUUUUGCUAUGCCAGGUUCAUGACAUUUGCAAGUUAUUUUUUUUUUUUAGAUCUUUAGAUAUAGGGAACGAAGGUCUCUAACCCCUCAAAAGGAAAGUUAGCAUAAUGAGAGUACAUGUAGUGUGCAGAAAGAGAAUAUGCCAAAAACUGUAAAAGCUAUAAAGACUCAAAUAAUGACAACCAUCAGUAUUCUUUCUAUUAAUUUGAAAUUGAUUUAAUGAAAUUGAAAAGAAAGAAUAUAUUUUUCAUUUUUAUGGAAUGAAAGAUUGUAUUUCUUUUCAAAACUCAAAAAAGGGGAAAAAGGACAUAAGAAUAUGGUUUUCAGGGUAUUGAAUAUGAAUUUAAAAAAAAACAGAUAUUCCAUAUUGUGCAGAUUUAACAUUGUAAUACAAAUUCCAUCAUUCAAAUUAAUCUGUUUAUUUUGGUAGAAAAAUUCCAACUGAUUCAUAGUCACCAAAGAAGUUCAAACAGAUCAGUAUUAUGGGGUCUUUUUGUCUAGCUAUUGUACCGGUUUGCUGCUUCUAGUCUUGCAAUGGUGUGGUUGCUAAUGGGCUUCUUGUGCUGUAUUCAAUGUGCCUUAUGUUGGGGUGCAAGGUAAAAUGAUCUUCCAAUAAUUCCUCACAUAAUGACAUAAGCUGUGCACUUGUGUUUGUCUUAGAUUGUUUAUAUGAACUUAACAGUUUUAGCAAAUGUAAAGAAUAUUUCUGUACAUUUGCCAGGAUUGCGCUUAAAAUCAUAUAGAAUCUUGCAUUUUUCAUUGAAUUAUCAAUACAUUGAUAUUUGUUGUAUGACAGUAUGUGAGGAUAAAGACAAUGUACACUUGAAUAGGAUUUACUCCAUUUUAUUUUUAUCAAAUUGAUUGAAGGUGUUGUAAAAAAGAUUCCAUAGAAAUCAAUUAAACCUUUAUCAGAUCUUCGGAAAACUUUCUCUAAUUUCAUUUUUUCAAGGAAAUAAUAGACUUGUAUAGACAUGAAUUUUUAAUGUUUCAGCCAGUUGUUUACAAAGAGGUGUUGAUGAUCUAUUUCUGAUAUUACCUGUAGUCUAUAAAAGAAUUGUCACAUUUCUUGUUAAACUUUUUUUAGAGGAAGCUUAACGAAUUUUCUACCAGUGUCUGGUAAUAAUUUUGUAUAUACAUGUAUUUCAGAAACGCUGUGGGAAGUUGAUUGAUUGAAUGUGUUCUUUAUUAAAAUAGUUGGUAGAGAGGUGAUAUGAUAAUGUAUAUAUUAAGCAAUGCAACUUUUCAUGUUAUAUGUAUUAUGUAGGCAUUUAGCUAGCUGGUAGCUAACAGUGCAUGGAAAAGAUCUGUCAUUAAUAAAAUGGAGGAUUCUUUUACUGCUCGUAUAUUUGUAAAUAUGUGUUGACCAAAGUUAUAAGUAUCUUGUAGAUGAGGUGUGGAAGUGCUUUUAUACUGCGUUGAAAUACUUGCUGUUUUACAGACAUCUUGCGUUUUGUGGGAUGACUGCAAUCUAUCAUUUGAUGUAUUUUUCUUUUUACCAAAUAGUAGUAUUUAUUUUUUUAGUAGGUUUGACAUUGUACUUGCAUUUCUUUGUAACUGUAAGAAGUACAUGUACUUUGCGUAAUCAUGGCAUAAUUAUUUUUCUUAAACGAAAUAAAAUGAACAAAACAAA